AUGUUUGUUAGUUUUGGACUAAAGUUUUUCGUUGUUGGAACAGCCAUUGAUGUUGCAGGAGAGGUAGUGGAGGUCGGAGCUAGAGUCAAAAGUUUCAAAGCUGGGGACAAAGUUGUGGCCAUGCUUAGUUUUGCUCAUGUCGAAGUACCUGCUCCUGCUCCAAGUGAAGAUGAAGUUUUGCUAAAAGUGGAAGCAACUAGCUUAAAUCCAGUUGAUUGGGAAGUUCAGAAAGGCUUGUUGCCCCCUAUUUUCCCUUUCAAAUUUGCUUUUACACCUGCCAUUGAUGUUGCAGGAGAGGUAGUGGAGGUCGGAGCUAGAGUCAAAAGUUUCAAAGCUGGGGACAAAGUUGUGGCCAUGCUUAGUUUUGCUGUUAAGUGUCAUUUCUGGUGUUUUUUUAACAAAAUAUUUGGUCUUAUAUCGAUUAUUCUCUCAAACUCUUCGGCUGUCAUUGUGAUUUGA